AUGAUGCAUCCCACGAUUCAACAAAUUUUGAGAGUCUGCAAAAAAGCUGUUUUCAUCGAUCGACCUUCAGUCGGCAAAAAGAAAAUGCAUUAGUUAAGGUAUUUCUGAUAGUACCAGAAAGAAAAACUGGCCAGAGGCCGCGGGAAACAAGGAUACACCGAGACACGCACUCUCUCCUUUUUCCACGCUCUCUCACUGACCCGGCCGCGCACGUUUGAAAGUUGUUGACGUUCCACGUGGCCUUUCCACUAGGGUCAUGAGAAAGAAGUCACGUCGUCAGUUCUGACCGCGUCUGUGUGGAAAUCGCCGAACUCCUACUUCCUCCAUUUCUGCUGGUGCUGAACACCAAAUUUGGUCAAUGGAAGCCGUUCCGUGAUGCAAACUUUGACGGGAUCUUUUCAUUAGGUAAUCAGGUUUUUUGUGUUUCUGUCUUGAUACUCUCUCAAAUUCAAAGAGAAAAGAUGCAAGGAAACUUAAUUUUUUUCGGCUGAUUCUUUGCGAAAUCAAAAUGUUUGAAAGGAUUUCAUUGUUUUACGAUGAUCUGUUUUUUCGUUUCAGACUGUAUACUGCGACAAAAAAGGGUCUCGGAAUCGGCCACGGGUAUUCCAAAAAUGAACGCAUCUUUCUUCUCGCCGCCAUCGCUGGAAGAUGUUGCAGCUCUGCUUCAUUCUCUCGUUUGA